CUCCCUGGUGCCUUUUCUGUAUCCAUUCACUAUUUGAUGUCGCUGUAAUUACACUAGUCCUUGUCCCUUACGCGUGAGCCGAACAGUUCGCUGACGAAAGACGAAGCAAUUUUGCAGGCUCAACUCAGCUUGCUUUAACACGCCGUGCAUCAUACAGGCCUAGGUCCCUAAGAACAUGUUAUAUGUUCAAACGGAGUGUUUUCUGACCCUAAGAAGACACGGAUGAGCGCCAAUGCGUCUUGAGCUCCUUGGAGCAAAAGUAAUUCAUGACAAGCGCGUUGCUACCAAUGACAUCACCUUUAGCCUCUCCGUUAGCGUCUCUGGAAAAGGGGCGUGCAGCACGGCUGCGGACCACGUCCGACAGCAAGGCCACGGGGCUCUCAGAUGGUGGUGCGGCGGGUCCGCUCAGCGGCGGCAGCAGCCCCGUGGGCCCACACAGCAGCGGCGUCCUGACGGGCCUCAACGGCGUGGGUGUGGGCGGGGCCGGGGACCUCGCCUCGACCGCUUCCCCUUACGCGCCCAACGGCCUCGCGCACGGCGGCCCGCGGCCCAGCUCCGUCGUGCCCGGCCCCGUAGCAACCGCCGGCGGCGGCGGCAGCCCCGGCAGCGGCUUCAGCGGGGCAGCGGCGGCGGCGACACACGGGUCGGCGCACCUGACCGGCUCUGUGCCCAUGCUUCACAGCGUACUUGAAAGCCCCUCCAAGCGCCCGGCGCCGUCUCCGGGACCGCCGCCGGGGCAGGGGCCGGCGGGGCCGGGGCUGGCGCCUGGAGGAGGUGGCGGUGGCGGUGCGGGGACUGCAGCAGCGGUUGGGCUGGGCCCCGGCGCGCCUGCGAGGAGCCAGAGCGCCAGGCACAGCAACGGCGGCGCGACGGGCGGCCGCCUGGCCUCCGCACGGACCGCCGGCGCCCUACACAGCAGCCCCUACAGCACCCACAGCACCCACAGCACCCACAGCCCCCAGCACCGCAGCCACCACGGCGCCUAUGGCGGGGGUGGCAGUGGCGCGCCGCAUCCGCCCUCCGCUGCCGUGCUGCAAUACAUCAGUGCGGCGGCUCCGCACGGCGGCGGCGGCGGCGGCGUUUCAGUUACGAUGUCGUCUGCGCUGUACGUCAACGGCCGCAGCCCGUGCGCCAGCAGCGGCGGCCCGGCGGCGGCGGCGGAGCAGCCGCAGGAGGGCCCGGUCGGCAGCGAUGGCGUGCAGCCUGGCACGGGCCGGGCCCCGGAGGCCAGCGGCGGCGGGGAGGGCGCGGCUGCAGCGGCGGCGGCGGCGGGGGCAGGAGUGCAGCUUCCCGCAAUUGCCGCGUCGCCGGGCGGCGCGCGGCAGCGGACGGAGUCUGGCGGUAGCAGUGGUGGCGGCGGCAGCGCGACCGGGAUGAUGUUGAACGUGUCGCAUCUGCAGCACGCAGGCGUUCCGCCACAGGCGCUCACGCAGGGUGGCGGCGGCGGGGGCGGCGGCGGCGGCGCCGGCGGGCACUACAUCUUCCGUACCGCCAGCCGCUCCGCCGUCAGCGCGGCGGCAGACAUCGGCCUCAUCAGCCGUACAUCCGUACCGCAGCCGCAACGGCAGCCGCCGCCGCAGCCGGCGGCGCCGCCGCAGCAGCCACAGGAGGGCGUGGUGCCGAACGGCCGGGGUGCGGCGGCGCGGCCGUCGGAUGAUGGCGGCGGGCUGAAUGUGGCGUGGCGGCUGAUGGUCCGGUACCAGCGGAGGCGGCUGCUGGAGAAGACCUUUCACUGGUGGAUGGCCUGGGUGCACAAGGCGCAGACGCGGCGGCGGCGUGUGUUGGAGGCACUGCGUCGCCGCGGCCUGCGCGUCAAGAACUGGGUGAUACAGCACUGGCUGGAGGCGGUGGCGCGGCGGCGGCGCCACCGGCUGGCGAUACAGGUGGCGCAGCAGCGGCGGCAAGCGCGGCGGCUGGCGGCGGCGUGGGGGGCGUGGUCCGCGGCGCUGGGGCGGCAGCGGCGGCACCGCGUGAUGGUGGCGCGCGCGGCGCAGCGGCGGCUGCGGGCGUACUUCCUGGCGUGGUGGGAGCAGUGCGGUGCCCAGGCCAACGAGUACCGGCUGUGGCUGCUGGAGCAGGUGUCGGGCCUGAUGCCGGCGGCGCUGUCGGAGGACGGCGGUCGCAUGGUGCUCAUGCUGCGCAUGCAGCAGGAGAGCUUCCUGGCCAGGAAGGUCGCCCACGCGGCGCGCGCUGACGAGGAGGAAGACGAGGACGAGGACGAGGAGCAGGCCGGGGAUGGCGGUGGCGGCUCGGGCUCCGUCUCCGGCUCUGCCGCGGCGUCUGCGGCGGGCUCCAUGCGCCGCUCACUUCGCAGCGGCAGCGGCAGGGGCACGGGUGACGGCGCCGGGGGCGCAGGCGGGGGAAACAACGUGCCGCCGGACCUGUGGAGGGCUAUGGCCAAGUCGUUUGCCACGCCAGCGACGAUCCACUACGGGGGGCAAGGGGGCGAGGAAGGGGAGGGAGGGGAGGAAGGAGAGGGAAGCGCAGUCCCGGACCGCGGAGCAGAGGCGGGCGCCGGCGAGGCGACGGACGCGGAGGCGGCGGGCGCCGGCGGUAUGCCGGGAGAGGAGCCGGCGGGCGGCGGCCGCAGCGGCGCCGAGGAACUGGGCGAGGGCGCAGCCGCAGCCGCGCAGGCAGAGGUGGAGGAGGCGGAGGCGGAGGAGGCGGAGGCGGAGGAGGCGGAGGAGGCGGAGGCGCAGGAGGCGGAGGCGGAGGAAGCCAGGGAUUCGGAAGUGCUGGCGCAAGGGGAGAAUGGAGGGGAGGAGGAGUAGGAGGGAGAGGGUGCAGAAGACGCGGAGGAAGAUGGGGGCGGGGAGGAGGAUGGGGAGGAGGAGGCAGCAGCAGCGGAGCAGGAUGGGUACGCGGAUGCAGGCGUGGCUGAGGUUGAGGCCUAGGCCUGACCUGUGAACACCCGACACACACAGCCCCUGCACCGUGCCGGCGGCGUUCAGGCGGUGUCUUUGAAGUGCUGGCAGGGACAGGCUACGGGACAGGGCUGUUGCUUGGUGGUUUGUGCGUAUCUGGGGCUUCGUUGGGGGAGAGGGCUGAUUGACUCGAACGCACCUCAAGGGCUGGG